CUAAUUAAAUCGCCUCUCUUCUAGUUAGGAGUCGGCCAUUUCAACUCCACCGGCAAACCCCACCGACUAAAGUAACAGAACUGUGUCUGAUAACAUCUGAAGAUGAGUGAGACAGCUAUUUCCUUCGCCAAGGACUUCUUGGCUGGUGGCAUCGCCGCUGCCAUCUCCAAAACAGCUGUAGCCCCCAUCGAGAGAGUCAAGCUUCUUCUCCAGGUACAACAUGCCAGCAAACAGAUUACAGCUGCCACACAGUACAAGGGCAUUAUGGACUGUGUCGUCCGCAUCCCCAAAGAGCAGGGCUUCCUCUCAUUCUGGAGAGGGAACCUCGCCAACGUCAUCCGAUACUUCCCCACUCAGGCCCUCAACUUUGCUUUCAAGGAUAAGUACAAGAAGAUUUUUCUCGAUGGCGUGGACAAGCGCACACAGUUCUGGAGAUACUUUGCGGGUAACCUAGCGUCUGGUGGCGCCGCCGGAGCCACUUCCCUCUGUUUUGUCUACCCCCUCGACUUCGCCAGAACACGUCUGGCUGCUGAUGUUGGCAAAUCCGGACAGGGGCGUGAGUUCAAAGGCCUGGGAGACUGUUUGGUGAAGAUCUUCAGGUCUGAUGGCCUCAAGGGUCUGUACCAGGGCUUCAACGUGUCAGUACAGGGCAUCAUCAUCUACAGAGCCGCUUACUUUGGCGUCUACGACACGGCUAAGGGCAUGCUUCCAGACCCCAAGAACACACACAUUUUUAUAAGCUGGAUGAUUGCUCAGACUGUGACUGCAUGCGCUGGUUUUGUGUCCUAUCCCUUCGACACUGUCCGUCGUCGUAUGAUGAUGCAGUCUGGACGCAAAGGAGCCGACAUCAUGUACACUGGCACCAUUGACUGCUGGAAGAAGAUUGCACGUGACGAAGGCCCCAAGGCCUUCUUCAAGGGAGCCUGGUCUAAUGUGCUCCGAGGCAUGGGUGGCGCCUUCGUGCUUGUCUUGUAUGAUGAGCUUAAGAAAGUCCUCUAAGUUGUUUUUAUAUGUUCACUGUUCAUGUUGUGAAAUUUUACUGUAACAUAUCUUGUACAUUUCGGAAGAAUUUAAAUGCCAGGCUAUAUUUAUAGGGACCAACUAGUAUUUUCUACUAGUUGCACAGGGGGAAUCUGUUAUGCGCUUCUCUCUUGGCCCAUGUUUUUUUUUCUUUUGCCUCUUACCAGAAUGUCAUUCCCUGAACACAGGAACCUUGCCGAAAAAAGAGAAAUAAACACAACCUACUGAGUGAAUCUC